AUGAAAGAUGUGAUAAAGAGAGCGGCUGAUACAGGUAUAGAAUCAGCACAGUGGGCCCAUUGGCAGGAGUGGUCACCCUGUACAGAAAAAUGUGGGUUUGGACAACAUUUCAGAGUUAGAACUUGCUCCGACCCUCCUCCCAGUGGAGAUAAUCCAGGUGGUUGUGGUGAUGAAAAGGAAGAAAUAACUCCUUGUUAUAAAGGUCCUUGUGCCGAAUCUCCUUCAAAAGCGGUUGUAUUUAGUAAAGGUUCAUUCCAGAAGUACAUUGCUCAUGGUACACCAGUUCGAUUUCUAACGUUGUAUCUUCACUUUAAACCAUUAACAAAUGAUGCAACCCUACUGCACAGGUAUCGUAAAUGUGAUGCAAAGAGUUGUUCACACAAUGUACAUGUUAAAUUACAUGGAAAUCAAGUGAGGCUAGAAUUACAGAAUGGUUUUGGCAGUACUAAAAUAACCACAGAUAAUACUGUUAAACUUGGUAAAUGGCAGACAUUAUUUAUACAGAUUACACGACGUUUAAUAACAAUUAGAUUAGAUGAUGAAUAUCGAAAGGUUACUAAAUUUCCAAAUUUUGACUUUCCAACUGAAGUUCCUAUCCAUAUAUCUAAAAAACUUGAAGAAUUUGAUGAAAUUGAUUUUGAUGCCGACAUGAUAGUUGGCUGUGACAGGCAUAUGAAAAACGCUUUUGUGGGAUCAAUAUUAAAGUUGAGACAUAAUUUCAAAGAUAUGAGUUUAAUCCAUAAUCCGGAUUGGGUAGGAUUUGGUGCUCCAGUGGCCCAAAAGAACGUUGAUACUGAGGAAAUAGAAAGCCCUGAAGCUCAUUCCAGAUUUUUAAACAGAUAUUACACCAAAAUGCAUUUCGAAUUCCCAGAUAAGAAGAAACUUAGACUGGAUAUGUCUGUAUAUUUUAUGAGCUUGGACGGGCUCUUAGUAUUCAACUAUGGUGAAACGGAGGGAACAUUCAUGUCAUUAGCCUUACAUCGAGGUGCUUUAAGGUUCUGUUUUAAUGUUGGAGAUCGUACUUCUUGUCAAAAGUCAAUUCUCCUACAGAUACGUCGAUGGUAUUCGAUAGAAGUAAUUAUAGACGGGUCGGUUGCUGAACUAAGAGUUGAUAAAGGGCCUGCCGUUAUAUUAAUUCCUACUGGAGGGAUAUACGUACCAAAGGCUACCGUACUAAUAGGUGGUAGUGAUAACGAUGAGUGGACAAAAAUAGGCGACUUCACAAGAGUAGAUAUUGGUUUUGAUGGAAUUAUUAACGAAGUAAAUGUCAAUGGAAAGAAUUUAUAUUUGAAACAAAGUGUUUUGUUUGAUAGGCAUGGACGAGUGAAUGCAGACGGUUAUAGUCUAUCUGCUCAUGUUAGUGAAGUUUUUGAAGCUUCACCCAGUAAAGUUACUUUAAGAUGUGAUGCUUCGUUAUUUGCUCGAAAGGGUGGCGUUGUUAGUAUAAACUGGCUUGAAUCAGAUCAGUUGAUUACUGGAGGUGGUGGUGAAAAAAUAAUAGAUCAGGUACCUGGAAAUCGUUUUGAAAGUGCCCUAAUCUUGAAACCAAAUCAUCAUCAUGAAGGUAUCUUUUCCUGUAUAAUCAGUCAUGAUGGAUUUAGAAUAAUGACGCAUACUUUCCCAGUUCUAAGAACUACACAUAAAUUACCUGUAGAUUGGAGAGUACAACUAUUAAUAGCUGUGGUACCAUCAACACUACUCCUGUUUUUUAUUAUUGCAUGCUGUUGUUGUUUCUGGUGUAAGCGAUUAAAAUGUUGUCCUUUGUAUACAUUUUGUCAAGGACGCCCACCAAACGAAGUAAAGGGGCCUAUAAAGGGUACAGUUAAAGGCAAAGGCCCUCCACAAGGCAAGACCAAACUUAUUGAUGAUCUUGAAAAAGGAAUGAAUUCAAUGACAAAACUCCUAACCGAGGGUUCGAAUAUCAAUGAGAAAGGCGGGAAAAAAGUAAUACAGAGACACGGGAAGGGAGAAAUGGGUAAAAAAGUAAAUUGGAAAGAAGGAAAAGGACAACAGAAAGUAGGAGUUGGUGGAAAAGACAAGAAAGUAACAGAAAACGUAUCUCAUAAAAAAGAUCAACCAGACAAAGCAGUUGAAACAGAAGAAUCAGAAGAAUCGGAGGAAUUCUCAGAUUGA